AUAUUUGUGCUGUGUCACAGUCUGCUCCAGCUCCCCCAGCUGCUGCACAGUGCCUACUUCAAGAGUUGCAUCACCACCAUAGAACGUUGCUUCGGGUUUCAACAGCAUGUCUAUGGGCACUGUCUCCUCUCUGCACGAGGUACAGCAACCCCUGCUGGUCUCCACUGGGAUAACCACCUGCAUGUACAAUUGUCAAUGCACUCUAGCACUUCCAUAUAGCCUGGAAGAGUACAACAAUACUUGAAUUCACUAAAGAAUGGUGUGGUUUUUUUUCUUCUUCUUUAAUACAUACACUACCAGUCAAACGUUUUUAGAACACCUACUCAUUCAAGGGUUUUUCUUUAUUUCCACUAUUUUCUACAUUGUAGAAUAAUAGUGAAGACAGCAAAACUAUGAAAUAACACAUAUGGAAUCAUGUAGUAACCAAAAAAGUGUUAAACAAAUCAAAAUUUAUUUUAUAUUUGAGGUUCUUCAAAUAGCCACCCUUUGCCUUGAUGACAGCUUUGCACACGCUUGGCAUUCUCUCAACCAGCUUCACCUGGAAUGCUUUUCCAACAGUCUUGAAGGAGUUCCCACAUAUGCUGAACACUUGUUGGCAAAUUUUCCUUCACUCUGCCGUCCAACUCAUCCCAAAUCAUCUCAAUUUGGUUGAGGUCGGGGGAUUGUGGAGGCCAGGUCAUCUGAUGUAGCACUCCAUCACUCUCCUUCUUGGUAAAAUAGCCCUUACACUGCCUGGAGUUGUGUUGGGUCAUUGUCCUGUUGAAAACAAAUGAUUGUCCCACUAAGCCCAAACCAGAUGGGAUGGCGUAUCGCUGCAGAAUACUGUGGUAGCCAUGCUGUUUAAGUGUGCCUUGAAUUCUAUAUAAAUCACUGACAGUGUCACCAGCAAAGCACCCCCACACCAUAACACCACCUCCUCCAUGCUUUACGGUGGGAAAUACACAUGCAGAGAUCAUCCGUUCACCCACACCGCGUCUCACAAAGACACGGCGGUUGUAACCAAAAAUCUCCAAUUUGGACUCCAGACCAAAGGACACAUUUUCACCAGUCUAAUGUCCAUUGCUCGUGUUUCUUGGCCCAAGCAAGUCUCUUCUUCUUAUUGGUGUCCUUUAGUAGUGGUUUCUUUGCAGCAAUUUGACCAUGAAGGCCUGAUUCACACAGUCUCCUCUGAACAGUUGAUGUUGAGAUGUGUCUGUUACUUGAACUCUGCGAAGCAUUUAUUUGGGCUGCAAUUUCUGAGGCUGGUAACUCUAAUGAACUUAUCCUCUGCAGCAGAGGUAACUCUGGGUCUUCCAUGCCUGUGGUGGUCCUCAUGAGAGCCAGUUUCAUCAUAGCGCUUGAUGGUUUUUGCGACUGCACUUGAAGAAACUUUCAAAGUUCUUGAAAUGUUCCAUAUUGACUGACCUUCAUAUCUGAAAGAAAGGAUGGACUGUUGUUUCUCUUUCCUUAUUUGAGCUGUUCUUGCCAUAAUAUGGACUUGGUCUUUUACCAAAUAGGGCUAUCUUCUGUAUACCCCCUCCCCCCUACCUUGUCACAACACAACUGAUUGGCUCAAACGCAUUAAGAAGGAAAGAAAAUCCACAAGUUAACUUUUAAGAAGGCACACCUGUUAAUUUAAAUGCAUUCCAGGUGACCACCUCAUGAAGCUGGUUGAGAGAAUGCCAAGAGUGUACAAAGCUGUCAUCAAGGCAAAGGGUGGCUAUUUGAAGAAUCUCAAAUAUAAAAUAUAUUUUGAUUUGUUUAACACUUUUUUGGUUACUACAUGAUUCCAUAUGUGUUAUUUCAUAGUUUUGAUGUGUUCACUAUUAUUCUACAGUGUAGAAAAUAGUAAAAAUAAAGAAAAACCCUUGAAUGAGUAGGUGUUCUAAAACCUUUGACUGGUAGUAUAUGUAUAAUAGUAUAGAUAAGUAAAAAGUAAAUGGUAAAUAUAGUGUAAAUACACAGGUAUAAGAGCCACUUUAAAGUCACAUUCUUUUGAAUUGUAUUAAAUCAAUAAUUUAUUUUUAGUAAUAUAUUAUGCAGUGCUCCAUUCUCACUUUAGAGGGGUCUCUCUCCUGUUCCACCACACUCCCAGUGACAUUAUGACAUUAUUACAACUAGUUUACAACCUUAAUCUGGUUGAAAUGACAGUCCAACCAGUUAUGCCCAAUGGGCUGUGACUGUGUCCUACAGAUGGGGAACAUGGUGCUGGUGGUGUUUGUCAGUUACUUUGGGAGCCGGGUCAACCGGCCUCGUUUCAUUGGCCUUGGGGGGCUGCUCAUGUCCUGUGCUGCUGCCACCCUGGCCCUACCUCACUUCCUGUCCAAGCCCUACCAGUACCACUUUAUGUCAGCUGGUAAGAAGACAAAACCCUAUAUAUUACUCUCAAUAUAUUACUGUUUAAGGAAUAGUACAGUGCAGUUUUGCCAAAAUGCAAUGCAUUACAGUGCAGGAAGUCCAUGAAACCAGUUUGAUUAUGAAUACAGGUCUAAUUGUGUCUGGCUGGCUCGAGAUAGCACUCUUUAGAGAAAAUCUUGAUGUAGAAAAUGUUAAGUUAGAUUUUAACAAUACUUUUAUCAAUUCAGUUAUAUUUCAACUAAUCUCUCGUGGACAGAUUACCGUGGGCAGAUGAAACGGCGAGAAUCUGUCAAGGCUCACAUAGAAUUAUGUGAUUACGAGCAGCAGUAGUUAGUUCCUGGUUUGGUUUUCAUUUUUUUAUUUGGACGAAUCAGGAUUGGGCGAAGGCGGUGCAUAAACUGGUGCGGUGAUUUUCUUGCCUGUGUGUGGAUGAUAAACGGUUUCCACUAGAUUCCACAGCCACAAAGUCAAAAUUGUCUGUAUUGUAAAACAUUAAGGACACCUGCUCUUUCCAUAAAAUAGACUGACCAGGUGAAUCCAGGCGAAAGCUAUGAUCCAUUAUUGAUGUCACUUGUUAAAUCCAACUCAAUAUUAGGAAGGUGUCCUUAAUGUUUUGUACACCGAAUGUAUCUUUUUUUAUGUUUUUGUACUUCAUGUGUAUGGGUUGACACAAGUAAUAAUAAUAAUGCUCAAUGCAUGUUUCUCAACGUGACUGAACUGAUCACCACACAGAAAUAUAUAUAUGUUGUUUUUAGCCUGUGGGUCGUGGGACACGUGUGUUCUAAGGGAGAAUUCCUCUGCCCCUGAAGUGUGCAGGCAGGGCGGUGGUGGGGACCUCUCUGAGGCGCGGACUCAGUGGCUGACCCUGGCAGCUUCCCAGGUUCUGUUUGGCAUUGGCUCGGUGCCCAUCCAGCCGUUUGGCAUCUCCUACAUAGAUGACUUUGCUGAGCCUGGGAAUUCAGCACUUUACCUUGGUAAGAUACUGCUACAGUACUGCAUGAGUGAUGCUUUACUUGAAUCUGUAAUUAUGUUUCUGAUUGGAGAACCAGACAAACUGUUAAUUGAAACAUUCGAUUAAAAUGUUUUGUUGAGGAUUUUGAUUUGAUCUGAGGAUUUUAUCAAUUCAAUCAUUUCUGUGGCUUCAUUGAAUCUGGUCCUGGUGAGGAGAAUAUUUCAAGUAUCACCUGAUUGACAUUUAAGUCAUAAUUUAAUGAUUCUGUGUUCCAGCCAUCCUGUUCUCCAUCUCUGUGUUUGGGCCAGCCUUUGGGUACCUCCUGGGUUCCAUGAUGCUCCGAAUCUAUGUAGAUGUGGACAAGAUAGGUUUAGGUAUGUCACUGUUGAACCAUUAGAUCCUGUUUGUGAGAAUGAGAAGAGCAUAUACAGCAUACAAAAUAUGAAGCAAAGACUUUCAAAUUCAAUGGAAUUUUGCCAUUUUCUCUACCUUUCUCUCCCUGCUCUUGGACCCCAUCCCUCUUCAUCUCCCCCAUCCUCUCCUUCCGUCCAUCAUCUUUCCAAUCCUUCUCCCCCAUCCCUUCUCACCCCUCUCUCCCAUCCCCUCUCUCUUCCCUGUCUCGCCCCAGACCAUUAUUACUCCUCCACCAAAUUCUACAGUUGGCACUAUACAUUGGGGCCGGUAGCGUUCUCCUGGCAUCCGCCAAACCCAGAUUCGUCCAUCAGACUGCCAGAUGGUGAAGUGUGAUUCAUCACUCCAGAGGACGCGUUUCCACUGCUCCAGAGUCCAAUGGCGGCGAGCUUUACACCACUCCAGCCAAUGUGUGGCAUUGCGCAUGGUGGUGUUAGGCUUGCGUGUGGCUGCUCGGCCAUGGAAACCCAUUUCAUGAAGCUCACGAUGAACAAUUAUUGUGCUGACGAUGCUUCCAGAGGCAGUUUGGAACUCGGUAGUGAGUGUUUUUACACAUUACGUGCUUUAGCACUCGGCGGUCCCGUUCUGUGAGCUUGUGUGAUCUACCACUUCAUGGCUGAGCCGUUGUUACUCCUAGACGUUUCCACUUCACAAUAACAGCAAUUACAGUUGACCGGGGCAGCUCUAGCAGGGCAGAAAUUUGACGAACUGACUUGUUGGAAAGGUGGCAUCCUAUGACGGUGCCACAUUGAAAGUCACUGAGCUCUUCAGUAGGGCCAUGGAGAUUGCAAGGCUGUGUGCUCGAUUUGGCUGUCAGCAACGAGUGUGGCUGAAAUAGCCGAAUCCACUAUUUGAAGGGGUGUCCACAUACUUUUGUAUAUACACUACUAAGGUUGGGGUCACUUAGACAUUUCCUUGUUUUCGAAAGAAAAGCAUUUUUUUUGUCCAUUAAAAUAACAUUAAAUUGAUCAGAAAUACAGUGUAGACAUUGUUAAUGUUGUAAACGGCUAUUGUAGCUGGAAACGGCUGAUUUUUUAUGGAAUAUCUACAUAGGCGUACAGAGGCGCAUUAUCAGCAACCAUCAGUCCUGUGUUCCAAUGGCACGUUGUGUUUGCUAAUCCAAGUUUAUAAUUUUAAAAGGCUAAUUGAUCAUUAGAAAACCCUUUUGCAAUUAUGUUGGCACAGCUGAAAACUGUUGUGCGGAUUAAAGAAGCAAUAAAACUGGCCUUCUUGAGACUCGUUAAGUAUCUGGAGCAUCAGCAAUUGUGGGUUCGAUUACAGGCGCAAAAUGGCCAGAAACAAAUACAUUUCUUCUGAAACUCGUCAGUCUAUUCUUGUUCUGAGAAAUGAAGGCUAUUCCAUGCGAGAAAUUGCCAAAAAACUGAAGAUCUCGUACAACGCUGUGUACUACUCCCUUCACAGAACAGCGCAAACUGUCUCUAACCAGAAUUGAAAGAGGAGUGGGAGGCCCCGGUGCACAACUGAGCAAGAGGACAAAUACAUUGGAGUGUCUAGUUUGAGAAACAGACGCCUCACAGGUCCUCAACUGGCAGCUUCAUUAAAUAGUACCCGCAAAACACCAGUCUCAACGUCAACAGUGAAGAGGCGACUCCGGGAUGCUGACCUUCUAGGCAGAGUUGCAGCUACGAUAACCAUUUACAACAUUAACAAUGUCUACACUGUAUUUCUGAUCAAUUUGAUGUUCUUUUAAUGGACAAAAAAAUUGCUUUUCUUUCGAAAACAAGGACAUUUCUAAGUGACCCCAAACGUUUGAACGGUAGUGUAUAGUGUAUAUGUGUGUUGGCGUUGUGUUUGUGUGUGUGUGUGUUAAUGUGUAUGUCCCAGUGUUCCCGCGUCUGCUCCUGAGGAUGCUGCUGCGGCCUGUCUUCCUGCUGUUGAUCCUGUCUCAGUGCCUCGCCACCUUCCUCAGCAAGUUCCUGGAGCACCAGUACGGUACCACCACCGCCUACGGCAGCUUACUCAUGGGUGAGGAGUUACAUACGCUACACAUGCACAAGCACAGGCACACAUACACACACCUAUGCACACACACACGCACACAUACACACACACACACACACACACAAUGUCUCUAAAUAUAGUUUGCAACUUUCCAUUGUUUUUUCCCUAUACCCAACUGUGACCUCCACCCUGUUGGCUUUCGCCAGGGGCCAUCACCCUGCCCAUGGCUGCUGUAGGGCUGCUGCUGGGUGUGGUAGUGAUGAAGCGUCUACGUCCCCCCGUGCGGACCCUCCUCUGGCUGCGUUUGGUACCUCUCUCCCUCUCCAUACUGCUCUGUGUACCUCUCUUCUUCAUGGGCUGUUCCACUCAGAGAGUGGCGGGGGUCAACACAGGCUACGGUGACACACAGGACCAGUGGACUAAUAGGUGAGGUGGGAUCUGUCUAUAUAAAGAUACCCCUCAUUACUGUGUGGUACUCUACUGUGUGAUUGAUUUAUUUAUUUUUUCGGCAGCACAGAUCCUCCACUCUCAAUUAUUCAUGUUAAGUCUCCCUAUGCUCUCUCUACGUCAUGAUCUUUAAAUAGACCACUGACUUUAUUGUACACUAAACAUGUUGCACCAUUGUAGCCUAUACUCAACAAAUUCCUAAUCAACCACUGAUAUGUUGGCAAAUAUUAUAUUCUAUUCUAUUCUAUCACUAACACAAUAAGUCAUAAGUCAGCCAUCAUCAAAUUCUGUGAUUCUAUUCCUGUGAUUCUAUCCGAUCUCACUAUUGUUGUUAUUUAUCCCAGGUCUCUAUCUCUCUGUAACUCCAACUGUUCCUGUCUGAAUAACGUAUUUAACCCUGUGUGUGGAGAGGACAACACAGAGUACAUCUCUCCCUGUCACGCUGGCUGCACCAAUGUCACUAUCGACCCACUAAACCUUCACAGAGUCCAGGUACUACAUAGCUCAUCCUUGAGAUAGACUGUAUGUGAACCCUAGCCUGGUCAAUAGAUAUGUGGCAAGACAGCACAAACCGAUUUGAAACCACAUUAUGUGACAUUGGUAUCUGAAAGACAUUUGGAAGCCUCUGUAACUCAUAAACGAGUCAAGGGCUGCUUGUCCUUUUGCUUACAGAUGUUGCUGAGAAAGCAGGAAACGCAAACUUGUAGUUUAUUCUAGGUUUAAAAAUCAAAUCAAAUCAAAUCAAAUUUUAUUGGUCACAUGCGCCGAAUACAACAGGUGCAGACAUUACAGUGAAAUGCUUACUUACAGCCCUUAACCAACAGUGCAUUUAUUUUAAACAAAAAAGUAAGAAUAAAACAACAACAAAAAAGUGUUGAGAAAAAAGAGCAGAAGUAAAAAAUAAAGUGACAGUAGGGAGGCUAUAUAUACAAUAGAAUAAAGUGACAGUAGGGAGGCUAUAUAUACAGGGGGGUACCGUUGCAUAGUCAAUGUGCGGGGGCACCGGCUAGUUGAGGUAGUUGAGGUAAUAUGUACAUGUGGGUAGAGUUAAAGUGACUAUGCAUAAAUACUUAACAGAGUAGCAGCAGCGUAAAAAGGAUGGGGUGGGGGGGCAGGAUUCUAAAGUUUGUAAUUUCCUCUUUAAAAUGCCAGAUUUGAUUUGCCCUAACGAAAAAUGUAUCAACCCCUACAAGAAAUGUCCAUCAAUUAUAUUACGCAUAGUAAUUCAUAUUUCCUUCUGCUGCAGGAUUAUUUUCCUGCUGUAGCAAACUGGCUCAAAUUAAGAUCCUACAUCUGUAUGCAGUGUGGGACAUCCUUUAAGACUGUAAGAAAAUACUGUACCCUUACACUCCUCCCUAGGCUUACACCACGUGUAGCUGUGUGACCGCUGUGCCCGCUGUGCCUGCUGUGCCCACUGGUGGGGCUUGUAUGGGGAUAGGCAGGGCCCUCCCAGGUUCUUGCCCUCACCUUGUCCUGCCUGCCAUUCUCCUCAUUGCCUUCGCUGGCUUCAUUGCCAGCCUUUCCCACAACCCCAUCUAUAUGAUGGUGCUCAGGUACUGGUGAUGAUUGUGGUGGUGGUAAUGAUGAUGAUGAUGUUGUUGAUAGUGGUGGUGGUGGUGUUGAUGAUGAUGUUGGUGGGGGUGGUGAUGAUGAUUAUGGUGUUGAUGAUGAUGAUGGUGGUGGUGGGGUGAAGAUGAUGAUGAUGAUGAUGAUAUGUAUGCAUGGUUUUUUUCAGGACAGUCUUUCAAGAGGAGAAAUCCUUUGCAAUUGGAGUCCAGUUCCUACUGAUAAGAAUGCUAGGUACUGUAAGUUAGCCCCUAAACGCAUGUGAUUGCUGGACAACAGUGCCCCAUUCUCAUUUUUCCAUUAUGUUCCAGUCCCAAAAAAUCCUAUAUCUGCAUGUAUUUCAUAUAUGUUUCAGCCUGGCUGCCAGCCCCUGCUGUGUUUGGGCUGGCCAUUGACUACUCCUGUGUCUGGUGGAAGCAGGCCUGUGGGAGUAAACUGGGCGCCUGUGGUUACUAUGACAACAACAUCCUUCGGAACAGGUACGGCCACACUUGAUGUGCUUGUACAUUAGGGGUCACUAAGAACAAAGUGUUGUUGUCCUUGUUUUCUGUGUGUUUUUUAUUGAGACUGGGAAUAAAUGAAGACACUUCUGUUACAUCAAGUGUUUAUCUUGAUGUCACAAAUAUACUGAAUAAGGUACAUGUUGUUCUUGCUGUGUCCUCUCUCCCAGGUACUUUGGGCUGCAGGUAGGUUAUAAGUGCCUUGGGUUGGUGCUGCUAGCCCUGGCAGGCUGGAGAGUACAGCACACGCCUGGCCUGAGUAUUGAGAAGGAGCCUGAGGGGCCAGUGUGA